AUGGAUUCCCCAUCACCCCAGGGCCCCUCGGCCCAAAACUCACCCAAACCUGACCAAGCCAAACUCGCUCACAGACCAGCCAAUCGUAAACAAUCUUCUGAUUCUUCCUCGAAUACCCAAAAUGCACCUAUACCAGACGGCAAGCACGGUGCCGAUUUGCCUAUGACCAUGUCCGCCUCGGUGGUGCUAACCAGCUUACCCCGCGAUGCCCAUCAAGCAUUGGCGGACGCUGAGGCUGUCGAUACGGGAAAAGUUACCGUUCGCUUUCAGCCACUGCCUUCAGCUCCCAUCCUGAAGAACCGCGUGUUCAAAAUUAGUGCCUCGCAAAAGUUUGAAACAGUCGUCAAAUUUCUCAGAAAGAAGCUGGACUGUAAAGAAUCCGACUCGGUUUUCUGUUAUGUCAACAGUGUGUUUGCUCCUGGCUUAGACGAAGGUGUUGGUGGUUUAUGGAGGUGUUUCAAGACUGACGAGCAACUUAUUGUUGCCUACUCUAUGACGCCCGCUUUCGGCUAA